AUGACUCGUCUUUAUUUACUUUUUUCUUUCUUUCAAAAUUCUUAUAAAAAUUUUCCUUUAAAUCAUUCUUUCUUUCUUUCUUUCUUUCUUUCUUUCUUUCUUUCUUUCUUUACGUAUGUUCAGACUCUCUCUCUCCCUCCUUUUCUUUCUUUCUUUCUUUCUUUUUUCUUUCUUUCUUUCUUUCUUUCUUUACGUAUGUUCAGACUCUCUCUCUCCCUCCUUUUCUUUCUUUCUUUCUUUCUUUCUUUUAUAGUUACAACAAUUUCUUUCUUUCUUUCUUUCUUUCUUUGCGUAUUACGUUUUCAUCUUUUUCUUUCUUUCUUUCGUUUUAUAUUUCUUUCUUGCUCUUCUUCCUCCCCUUUCUUUCUUUCUUUCUUUCUUUCUUUCCCUAUUCUUUCUUUCUUUCUUUGCGUAUUACGUUUUCAUCUUUUUCUUUCUUUCUUUCGUUUUUUAUUUCUUUCUUGCUCUUCUUCCUCCCCUUUCUUUCUUUCUUUCUUUCUUUCUUUCUUUCUUUCUUUCUUUCUUUCUUUCCCUAUUCUUUCUUUCUUUCUUUCUUUCUUUCUUUGCGUAUUACGUUUUCAUCUUUUUCUUUCUUUCUUUCGUUUUUUAUUUCUUUCUUGCUCUUCUUCCUCCCCUUUCUUUCUUUCUUUCUUUCUUUCCCUAUUCUUUCUUUCUUUCUUUCCUUUUUUCUUUCUGUUUAUCUAUCUAUCUAUCUAUCUAUCUAUCUAUCUAUCUAUCUAUCUAUCUAUAAAUAAAAAAAAGAAAGAAGAUUUUAUUUAUCUAUCUUUUUUCUUUCUUUCUAUAAACAACCCUGUCGUUUCUUUUCGUCUUUUCUUUUCAAACCGUUCUUUUCACAUUAUUGCAAGUCGCUCGAGCAGAAAUAAAAAGAUAAGCCGUCGGAAUAAUUAG